AUGAGCAAUGUCAGAGAUGACGUUGACUGGGGGACAGGGAACCCUGGAGAAGGAUGGAUGAACAAUCUCCGAGAUGAUGUUAACAGAAGGACAGGGAACGCUCGAGAAGAAUGGAUGAGCAAUGUCAGAGAUGACGUUUACAGGAGAACAGGGAUCGCUGGAGAAGAAUGGACGAGAAAUGACGUUAACUGGAGGACGGGGAACGCUGGAGAAGGAUGGAUGAACAAUCUCCGAGAUGACGUUUACGGAAGGACAGGGAAUGGUAGAAGAAAUCGGCAUUCCACAGAGUUUAAUACGAAUCCAAGACAAGAAUCAUCUUGUCCGAGGGAUUUUGUGUACAAUGCCAAGCUGAAGUUCUGUUUCAAAGUGAUUUUUGAGAGAUCCCCCACGUUCAGUGCCAAGAAGAAAUGUCAACAGAUGGUCAAGGGAGGUCGACUUGUCCAGCCGGACACAAGUGACAAACUGAGGGAACUCACAAAAUACAUCAGCAGCAAUAAGCGUGAGGCUCGAUCAAGCUUCGCCUUCGGCUCCAUCAAGAGAAGGAGACAGUGGCACACGUGGAUGGACGGAAGCCCAAUGGAUUACACCAACUGGUGUGAUGGUUCCCCUAAACAUGGUAAACAUUGUGUCACACUCAUCUCUCAGCAAUGGGGCAGCGACAUGUGCAUGGACGACGGAGACUGCCUUGAACAUGUCAACUUCAUCUGUGAAAAACCUGUCGAGUGGUAUUAGAAGCCAAGAGCGCCCCAUUUGUUUGAGGCCAUGUAAUUUGCUUCUGAAAGCGGCAUUA